AUGUUUCCUAGCGCGACCAUGAAUGCCGGACUAGUUCCGCGGGACGGAACACGCGAGCAUGACCCCAUGCUGGGGGGCAGGUCAUCCUCUGAUACUGAUAUAGAGGGCCGACGGAGUGAUACUCUGCUAGCCAGCUCAGCGGAUUUCAAUGAGAAAGCACCCUACAGACGCCCUGCAGGGAGGAGGUCGUUCAAGUGGAUACUGGGCCUCACUUGCUUGUCGAUGCUGGCGCUUUUCGGCCUCAUCUUCCUCCAGUUCUUCAACGUGCAGGCAAAGGCGGCUCCGCCGGAAGAAGCUCACCACGAUGAUGACAACCAUGGAGGCCAACAACAGCAGGAAGAGCCCGUUCCGACACCAGCCCCAGUCCCAGUCCCGGAGGUAACAACAACGUUGACUCCAACAACAAGCCUAGUCCCCACUCAAACACCCGAGGUCAAGUUGACACCGGAGCAACAGUUUGACCUGAAGACUGGAUUUGAGAUCUCAAACAAGACAACUUUCCGCGAGUAUGUUUUCAAUAUUACGCGGCAGCUUCACUCGCCCGAUGGUUACGAGAAGUCCAUGAUCCUGGUCAACGGACAGUCUCCCGGCCCGCUCAUUGAGGCAAACACGGGCGAUACCAUCCGUGUGACGGUGAACAACCAAAUGUUAAAGGAAAGCACCACCAUUCAUUGGCACGGUAUCGACCAGAGGAAUUCUGUCUGGAUGGACGGUGUUCAUGGUACUACGCAAUGCGCGAUUCCUGCCGGCGAAGGUUUCACCUACGAGUUCAACCUUACUGACCAGCGAGGAACGUUCUGGUGGCAUGCGCACGUCACGGUUCAAAUCACCGAUGGAUUGUUUGGACCCUUGGUAAUUAUUCAUGACCCUGAUGAGAAGGUCCCUCCAGUGGAUGACGACAAAAUUGUCAUGGUUGGAGACUUGUUCCAUGAAUAUGGAGGAAAUCUUCUUGAACAAUACUUGAGUGCCACUCCUCCAUGGGCGCCGAAAAAGCCGGGUAGAGAGCCUCCCCCGGACAACGUAAUCAUUAACGGAAAGAACACUUUCAACUGCUCUAGCUUGAGCGAAGAUGACGCCAGCAGUGACAAGCCAGCUGGUGGCCAUAACAUGGCAGAUAUGAAGGAUCACAAGGGUCACAACAUGGCUGAGCACAAUUCCGCAAGAGGUCCUCCGCCAAAGUGCACAUGGGGCUCGCUGUACAACACCCGUAUCAAGAGCGGUUCGAAGUCCCGCCUUCGCCUCAUCAACCACGGCACUUCGACUCCCAUCUUCGUAACAGUUGAUGGUCACGCUCUAGAGAUUGUCGAGAUUGAUGGUGUCGAGGUGGCCCCUAUCGCUACCACCCGCGUAUACAUGAACCCCGGCCAGCGCUAUUCCGUCAUUGUCAACGCCAAUCAGACCGCGGGCAACUACCUGAUCCGUGCAGAUGCAGCCGUUAGGUGUUUCCACAUGUCUCACAAGACCAACAAGGGUAUGUCCGGCAUGCAUGGCACCCCUUUUGGCGCGACUGCCAUCCUAUCCUACGACGAGACCGAUAUCAAUGCCGCGCCGAUAGGCAAGGCGUGGGAUGUGAAAAGCAUAUCAACUCCCGGUAUUGGCAAGGAGCCCUGGGGUGACCAUUGCGAGGAUCUGCCAUUCAACCUGCCCAAGCCUGUACGAAGCAGGACGGCAUACGUCCCUGGCGAGAGAAAUUUCCAUUACUUCACCUUCAAGCAGGAGCGCAUCGGCGACGUUGUGCGCACUCGCGUCAACGAGACUCUAUUCACUCCGUUGAAGGAUGAUGCAACCUUGUGGAAGGUCAUGCAGCAGGACAUUUCUCCGGCGAACCUGAACUCCCCGAACCCGAAAUUGGAUUUCGGCAAGGAUCAGUUUGUUCUUGUCUCCAAGGAUGACAAGGCCGCCCAGAUCGUCGUCAACUCUGAUGCGAUGAUGGUUCACCCGUGGCACUUGCAUGGCCAAAACUUCCAAGUUGUUGGCUGGGGUGAUGGCUUGUUCGGGAAGAGCAAGACGACAUGGAACUUUGACAACCCAAUGCGUCGCGACACGAUAACAAUUCCUGGAUACUCCCACAUCGUUAUCCGCAUUCUCGCGGACAAUCCGGGUGUUUGGGCGUUCCACUGCCACUAUCUCUGGCACGCUGAAGCCGGUAUGUUUGUCUCCAUCGCACAGCGCAUGGGCGAGCUGUCAACUAUGCUGGGCUCACUAGACGCCACGGGAAAUGUUGGGAACAUUAAGAAGAAGUUCUGCCCCAUGCCUAGUUCCCAAGCAGCCCCAGCGACACCGGCCAAGCCGGUUCAAGUAGGCUGA